AUGCCGCUGUUCUCUCGGUUUAAGAACAAGGGAGGACAACCGGUACCGAAGGUUAAGCCUACUCCCGACUACACCAAUGGCAGGCCUGCUGCGCCCGUCAAGGCGAGGUAUCAGUCAACAUGGAGCAGCAAGACAGUCGAGCUGAUGGAGGUGGAGGAGCUGGUCCACUUAUGUACCGCAGAGAUGAAAUCACGAGGUGAAGCGCUGGACGCGCCGUUCUUGCUCCUUCCCUUUCGGCCAGACACUGACGCCAGCGGUGCACGUACCUUCAUCCGCAACUUCUUCAAAAGCAAUGCAGAGGGAUCGCAUCAAUUUCGAGGAUCAGGUCUGGCUCAAGAACUGCGUCUCACUGAGGCCGUCGUGCUCUGCAGCAUCAUCAAGUGGUGCUGGAGUCGGAUGCCUGGUGGUGUGGUGACAUGGCCGGUGUACGAGGGCUUCCAGAUCGGCGAGAAGGAGUCCAAAAUGGCACGCAAUGCAUUCGACACCUUCAUCCCGAUUGGGGCGGGUAGCGAAGCGCGCAAGAACAUCAUCUUCGACUUCUUCGAUCUGCUAGCAGCUGUAGCGGCUCACGGCAAGACGAACGGUCUCGGCGGCCGCAAGCUUUCUCGACUAGCGGGAUGGUGGGCUUUCGAGCACUCAGACGAUGGCAAAGGGUUCGAGGGCGGCUACAAGUCGUGGACGACUGCAGCAGACGCUACUAGUCAUCUGUUCUUUGCGUACCUACGCUCACUAUCACCCGAGGCUGACCCGUCAUUGAGCGUCAUCGAGCGAAUACCGCGCUCUUUGCAGGCAUUGCUCGCUUCGACCGAGUACCCACCGGAAACGCCAACAUUACUGCAGCGGCUGACGCCGCGAGUGGUAAUGCUGGUAGACUCCGUUUCGCCAACACCGUUUGCGCUACUGCGGCGCGCCAAGCAUUUCGAGUACCGCGAUAACGAUCGCGUGUUGCGCGCCUACUCCGAGUUUGACGAUCCACUGGAUGCGCUGACGGACGAGUGCAAGCGUGUGCUGUACGCCGUAUCAUCGACCAACUCCGCAGCAGCUCAUUCAAGACACGGUGUUAGUCGCACAACAUCUGGACAGGAGACAUGGUCGAACUUCCAGAACCUUGGCUUUUCGGACCUCGACUUUGCACCGAAGGCUCCGAAUGGCAUGAAUGGUAGCGUUCGCCCACCCGGUGAGGCGCUGAAAGCGCAACCGCGGUCGAGGAACGCAGAACACGGUAGGCCCACGACGCCAUCGUGGGCUGACUUCCUUUCUGCUGGCUUUUCGGACGACGACAUCGCAAAGUCGCCCACGUCACUGAGCCUACCCUCCGACAGAGUAUUACCGCCAAUCGGUAGCAGAACCCACACCCCGUCACAUGCCGUCAAUGGCGCAGGCGAUGAUCUUGCUCCAGGUGAAAUGGCAGCCAUCACAGACGUUGAGCUCGAUGAUGCCUUUUGGUGGGUAUGGAUGACGAGUCUGUCAAGCGAAGAACCAGCCGACCGGAAAGCUGUUUUCGGACGUUGUGCACUGAUCGAAACGACCGUUUUACACGGCAGAUGGCUGAUAAUGGAAGAGCAAGUCAAGGGAGCCUCGCCAGAACCUGCUCAGGACGCCUACAUUGCGCCAAAGAAAGGCAUCUUCGGCUUCACAAAGCGCGGCAAGGCCAAACGAACCAAGUCGGACCGGCUUUCUCCACCACCCAACGAACCGAUAGAGCGUGUGACGUCGCCUACGCCCAGCAAAAGCAGUCUUGCGCCGGAUCAAACUUCCAAGAUCAAGCAAGCCGCGGCCGCUCUCGCACGCCGACAGACUGACCAGAGUGAUGUAGAGUCUACGACGAGGCGUGGGCGCCACGAGGACAACGCUUCGGCGAAGACGAGCAGUAUGUUGACGUUAGGUAUGAUGACCGAAGCAAGUCCGGCCAUGAAGUGGGCACAUGCAUACGACAAGAACGCCAUCCGUGCUCAGUAUCUGGGUGAUUCGUUCGCCGGUAAAGGGAUGGAUUCGAGCCGCGAAGAUCUAGGCAAUCGGUCGUCUUAUAUCAACAUGAUGAGCGAUGGCGCAAGCAGCAGCGCACCGAGUGUACCUGCGCUCUCGCCAAAUGCAACGUCGUUCCCGGCCGACGGCCCGCACAACCGCGAUCUACCCAGCCUGCCUAACGAUCACGCAGCUAAAGUUCCUGAGCCGCAGCCGGUGCAAGCACAUCCCGCAGCGGCUCCGCAGCAGGAGGCCGUACCUAUGUACGAACCACCAGCGCCUGGCUUGCUGCCGUCCAAGCCUCCGGAAGUCAGUGUGCAUCCAGCGGAGCCGGAAGAGGACGAGGUACCAGAAGAGGUGCAGCCAAUCACGCAUGCAGAGGCAGCACCCGCACAACCCACAAACACUCUCAGCAAAGAAAUUGGGGUGCCUUCAUCGCCUACCGGAAAAGUCUCGAGGAAGCCGGUCCCUCCAUCAGGCAACCUUGAGGAGCAUCCCGCUUUCCGUCAAAGGCCCAAUGAAGAGCCAGCCUCUGCUGCGGUUCCAGCGCUCAGCUUCACGCGAGAGCCACAAGCAGCACGGCCGCAACCGCAAGUCCCACAGAGCCCCACGCAAAACGCAGCAGCUGUUGCAGCGCAAAGAGCAAUGGCUGCCAAGGGGUCCUCAAGUCCCGAGUCUCUAUCUAAGCAACCGAAGAACAAGAAGCAGCUAGGCGGCGGCGGCGGUGCCGGACUCAAGAAGCUAUUCAACCGCAAGAAGGACGGUGCAAACCGGCAGUCUCUCGACAUUCCGGCACCCAACAGAGACAGUCUUGCCCCGCCAUCCGAAACGAAUCUCGGUCGUCGGCUGUCACUUCUGCGGAGGAAGGGAGGCCGCGGCGGCCCGAACGGCAGUCAAAUCGCCAUCGCCCAGCCAGCGCCCGAGACUAUCCACGAACCCAUGCCGGAGUUACCUGGACAACGCGACGGCGCGGUCGACAUGUCUGACGCUCGCUCAGAUGCUAACCCGGAGGAGGAGUUUUCGCGCUUCGACCAAGGUCCGAUCGCGGAAAUGCCUUCUGCGUCGCCGGCGGAGGACGUUCCGGAGAUUCGAACGGACUAUCAUCACCAUGAGGAACCUGAAACCGAACUCCCCGCUCCGACGCCGCAACGGCACUUCAACACCCAACUAGCCAGCCGCAUCGCGCCGGGUACAACCGAGCAUCCGACGCAGGAAGCGGAGACCGAGGCCUUCGUGACGCCUUUGGAGCAUAGCGAAGCGGAAGAAGACACGUACCAAAACGCACCUCCACCUGCACCUCCAGCAGCGACACACGACGCGCAGUCAGAAGUCACAAUGGACGAACACGAACCUGCCCACGACCAGUCGGCCGCGGAGCAAGAUCGCUGGGCCAAGAUCCGCGAGAAUGCGGCGCGCCGCGCGGCGAUGGCGAGAGGGAGCGAGGAACAUAGUAUGCAGAGUCGCACGAACCAGAGUCAGUUGUCGCGGGAGACGGAUGAUGGGGAGACUAGUGGGGAGGAGACCAUCGAGUCCCGCGUCGCACGCAUCAAGGCGCGCGUUGCUGAAUUGACGAGCGGCAGCGCCAAUGCCGACUCCGGCAGCGCUAACGGCGUGCGCAAGUGAGGUUACCCACCACACUGGGAAGAUGGACCCAAAUGCUCAUCGCCGGAAGCGAAAACUGACCUCUAAAGGCGGGCCGCGAUGGAAGCAAUACCGAAUAUACACACCGGACAUACACCCCACACCACCGCACAAACAGCAAACAGCAAACAGCAACAAAGCGUCCUCCGCGGCGCAUUCUCGGCGCCUAGCGUUGUUCAUACUCCCCGAUCUGCUUGCUCUGUCAAAUCACCGAUGCUUGUUGAUCAUGCUAGAGAUACCACCUUUCGCGGCUUCUUAUUUUUCCGUUUCAGCUAGCUAUGGCGUUCCCGGGAGUUUU